GCAUACCGCCCCCACACAGGGCGUUCCUCGCGCGAAAACAACCCCCGAAGUGUUAUAAACUUUUGAAGUGCCGGUGCUAUUUCCCAUGAGUUUUCCGACAAUAACAAUCGCAAUUGGCCUGUAAUAUCGGAUUAUUAACGAGGAAUCGCAAUUCCGAAAAAUGGGUAGCAGCGAAGGACAGCAGACUUUUUGUCUGAAAUGGAACCAUCACAAAACAAACCUCGUGGAAAUCCUCGAAGCCUUGAUCAAAGUAGAGACUUAUGUGGAUUGCACGCUGGUUGUCGACGAUCAGGUGACCUUUAAGGCGCAUCGGGUGGUCCUGGCGGCCAAUUCGCCUUACUUUCAGUCCAUCCUAGCUGAUGUGCCGAUGGAUCACUGCAGCAUCCUCUUCCCGGGGGUGAAAGACUUUGAAAUGCGCGCGCUCCUGGAGUACAUGUACACGGGAGAAGUGAAUGUGACGCAGGCGCACAUCCCACGCAUCAUGAAAGUGGCGGAGCAGCUCGAGGUUAAAGGUCUGUUCGAUAUGACGGAGCUCCGCCGGCGGCCCGGCGAGCGCACCCCCGCCGCGUCGCCGCCGCGCGUGGUGCCCGCCGCGCCCUCCAGCGUGUCCCCGCCGGCGCCCGCGCCGCCCACGCGCUGGCCGCCACCACCUACACCGCCCGUCCUUUCUGCCGCGUACGACUCGGCAGACAUGAACCCCCUCAAGCGCAAGAAACUCUCCAGCAUAAUGGCCACCCGUGACACCCCCAUCCUGAGGAACGUUCUCGCUCAGGCUACACCGCCUGACUCCUCGCAACCCGUGUCUCUUGUUUGUCAUCCGGUAAAUCAACAUGCUCCUCCUCGUCUGCAUUCUAACGGCUCCGCUCAUGAUUCUGAACGUGCUGCUAGUCCUCAACGCCCCUUCGACUACCGUCCCCGCAGAUUAUCUUCGCGUGCUUCAUCUCCACAUUUCAAUAGAUCAGAUCGUUCAGAAGACGCUCACUCCCCUUACACCGAGCGUUCGUUUGAAGAGGAACACCAACGCUCAUUCCAUCCUUCGCCUCCGCCUCCAAAUUUCCAACAAGAUGUUCGGGCCGGCUUAGCGCCAUACGUCCCCCCGCAGCAGAAACCAGAAUGGAAACGAUACAAACAAUAUACUAGAUCUGACAUUAUGUCCGCAAUAGAAUGUGUCAGAAAUGGAAUGAGUGCUCUACAAGCGUCACGAAAAUAUGGCGUGCCUUCACGUACGUUGUAUGAUAAAGUGAAAAAACUCGGCAUAACUACAAGCAGGCCUAUGAGCCGCGGCGUUAAGCGGGAAUCAAAUGGCGCCGCGUUUCCAUACGGUUUAAGCGGAACUGGUGGUGUUGAGGAGGGGUCCCCCGCUACACCAUUAAUAGACCCGUCUUUCUUGCAACAAGCAUUAGAAGGAGCGAGCAGAGACGGCGGACGCGAGGCACUUCACGCAAUGGCUCUAGCUGCCGCUGCGCACGCCGCGUUAGCUCCGCGUACACCUCCCAAAGCUGAACCGCUUUCACCGCGAUCACCGCUCCCUGAUGACGACCACGUGGAAGAUCUUUCAGUUUCCCGACGCCGCGAUCCUGAUCCACCGUCUGGUGUCAUCGUGCCGCCUCGAAACUUUGCACUAGAUUGCAGCAGUGAGCGAGAUUGAGAGUCUCACGGGAUGCGAUAAUAUGGAAAAAAGACUGACUUAGGCGUACAAGAUUAUCAAUUAAGGCACUUAUUUGGUAGGCUACUGGUAGGACGCGCCGCGCGCGCAUGCCACGCUGACCGGGAGCUCCGGCCGGGCGAUUGCAAUGGGCCCCGCGGCCAAUUUCAUUCUACCUCUCUUCUUCUCUAUUUAUUUUCUUUGCCAUAUUCCGAUAGCGAAAUCAAAUUUCCGUUGGUCGGUAGGCGUAUUCUUUUGUGAUUUUUUUGUUUAUUUCUUCUUUCGUUUUUUAUGUUUUAUAACAUUUACGUCUUUGUUAAUCAAUAACGAACUAGGCUAGCUUUAAAUAUAAAUUACUUAAAUUAGUAAUUGAUUGUUCUUAGUUGGAUUGGUAACCGUGUAGGGCCGAAGGGCAGGGAGGCAGCGCGUCGGCCCUGCCGCUGCGCUUCGGGCGGGUGUACCCCGCCAAGACAGGUUAUUGUGCAAUUUAGUUGUCCGCGACUGUGAUGUUUAUAGACUGAAACGCCACCACUACCUCACGCUCGCUACCCUCAGCUCUAGUCCACCGCGCCGCGUCUCCACGAGCUCGCUCGCCUCGCCAUCUACCAGGAGACCAUGAGAACGAGGCGUUGGCGCCAAGAGCUUUACGCGGCUCGGUGUGUGACGCUUGUCACUGCGAAAAGCGACGUACCUACAUAAUAUAUUUACUAUUAAAAUACAUAAAGUCCUAUGUUACGGGUAGAUUAAUUAUUAUACUGUUUGUCGAUUUGCCAUAAAUGUUCAUUGUUGAUACAUAGAUGUGUGUGCUCACUAUAUAAAUCAUUAGUAAUAAUUUUCUGCACUAGCACGGUCGUUCUUCUAGUUAUAAGAAGUCGAUUUACUUAUAAGAAUGCUCAAUGUCGUAUUUUAAUAAAGUUUCUCUAACUGUUGCUAUAAUUAAAACAUAGAACAGUACCUACUCGUAUCUAUACUUAAUGCCGAUAAAAACGUUUUCUGUAAUUCAGCGUAAGGCAGCGUAACGUUCCGUGUCAUUUAAAAUCUUAUCAAAGUUAUAGAAACACUAUCACUUAUACGUUAUUUCUAUAAAAAUCUAAAUAUUAUAUGUUAAUUUGUCAUAUAAUUAAGUUAAUUAUUACACUUUACUUAUUUUAAUUGGAAGACUGAUUUGUUAAUUUAGUCUAGUUUGAAAAUGCCAUAGAUUUGUACUACCUUAUCUACCUUAGUAUUGCAUAAGUUGCAUACGACCUAUUAUUAAGUUUAAUCAUGCAGAGUGUCGAGCCUUCAGGUCUCACGGUGUUGUGCCUUUGUUUGUUGUAUUCUGUAGGUAUGUUAGGACAUUCCAGUAGGCGCACGUUGUGCUCCAAUAAGUUUCAUGGCCCAGCACUAGAUUUCGUCUAUCACGAAAACUCAAGAGUUUAAAACUCAACACCAUUACUAGUGUGGAGUCAUGCUUGCACGUUUGAUAAUGCAAUGACAUGCACAUAUAUCUCAGGAAUAUGUUGUCUAAACUUUCAAUCGUUUUAAGUUCAGGCGAAUGCAAUAUUGUAAACGUUAAAUAUACCUCAUAAUUUUGUUAAUUCGAACCAGAUGUUAUCGUCUUACCAACUUAGGUAUUAUAGUAUAAAAACCAACUUUUGUGCCUAUACUAUCCUUAUUAUUAAUGUUUAGUUACGAUGUUAUGUAGACAUAGGUACCUACAUUAUUAGUUGUGAAUGCAAAAAUUAUCAUGUAUGUAGGUGUACCUAUCAUGUAGUUAAAUAUGCAUCUACAUUAUGUAUAUUAGAUCGAGUUUGUUCUCUCGUACCUUCAUAUUUAAGUAAGAACUCUAUAUUUACAAAUAAUAUAAUGUUAUAAAUAUAAAAUAAACGUUUAAUAUGUCA